AUGGUGGAGCAGCUCCGGCUCUUUGAGGAAGAAGCGGAAGAUGACACAGAUCUGGAAGACGAUGAGGAGGAAGAGGCUGAGGCGGACGAGGAUUGUGAAGAUGCCGUAGAAGAUGCUGACGGACUGGAUGAUACCAACGAGGGCGGUGAUGCUCAGCUUGGAUCCCGCAUCCUAGCACGAGUGGCAGAAGGCAAGCAAACGGAUCUCAACGCGCUGAAGCAAGAGAUUCAGGAUGAUGCCAGCCUUCUGGGUCAGUGGAGGAAGGCGCAAGAGUUGGGUGAGAAGCGCACAAGGGAGGAGGUCUUUAAAGGCCUUGUCGCCAACUGCUCUACUUACUUCGGGUACUCUGAAGAGCUGGCCGAGUACUUUCUGCAGAUGUUCAGCCCGGAGACGGCGAUCAAGUUCUUCGAGGCCAACGAGCAGCAACGUCCAUUGACUUUGCGGACUAACACGCUCAAGGCACGGCGCUCGUCCUUGAUGCAGGCGCUUACGCAGCGCAAGGUCCAAGUGGAUCCGGUUGGAAGUUGGACCAAAGUUGGUCUGAAAGUUUAUCAGUCACAAGUUCCUGUUGGCGCGACUCCGGAAUACCUGGGUGGUCACUACAUGAUUCAGAGUGCAUCUUCGUUUAUUCCAGUGAUGGCAUUGGCUCCACAACAGGACGAGGCCCUUCACGGCAACCACAAUCCGAAAGAGAACCGAGCCAUGGCAGCCCUUGGUGGGCCAUCUGGUUAUGCGAGACAGCAGUCGCCGGUGUCACCGAACACGUCUGACGCCCCCGAGUUGCUGAACCCACAUGGGAGUGUGCGGAGAAAAGUUCUCAUAUUGUACACUGGUGGCACAAUUGGCAUGGCCCGCGGUGCAGACGGGAGCUUGGGCCCAAUUCGCGGGGCAUUGAAGAAGCGACUGCAGUCUGUUGACGAGCUCAAUCAGGAGCUUUUUCCCCAGUGUUUCUUCGAUGAGUUCGACCCGCUGUUGGACUCCGCUGACAUGUGCCCUGAAGAUUGGUGCACCAUGGCUUCGUGCAUCGAGCGCCAUUACUACGAUUUUGACGGCUUUGUCGUCUUGCAUGGCACGGACACGAUGGCCUACACUGCAUCGGCGCUUAGCUUCAUGCUCGAGCAGCUCGCCAAGCCUGUCAUCCUUACAGGCUCUCAGCUUCCAAUGGAGGAGCCCUUGACGGAUGCUCGCUCGAAUCUGCUCCGGGCUGUCAUCAUAGCCGGUCGAGCAGACCUGACGGAGGUUUGCAUCUUCUUUGCCAGCAAGCUCUUCCGAGGAAAUCGCUGCAAGAAGCUGGAUGCGAACGCUUUGACGGCCUUCGACUCACCCAAUUUUCCGGAGUUAGCCGUCGUUGGUACACAGGUCAAGAUUCAUCACCGGCUGCUGUGCAAUCCGCCCAAAGGAAGAUUCCGCGUACAUCUGAUGACGGUGACGGACAUCAUUGUUGUUUGUGUAGUACCAGGUUUUUCCGAUGGCUUCUUCGACAGCGUGGCUGCUGCAGGAAAUGUGAAGGGCAUUGUUCUCAUGCUUUACGGUUGUGGAAACGCGCCUGCACGCAAAACGAGCUUUCUGGCCGCCUGCUCCAAGCUGGUCGCUGCUGGAAUUGUCGUGGUGGCCUGUUCUCAGUGUAUACAUGGCAAUGUGGAGCUGGAUAAGUACGCAGUGGGACGGGCAAUAGCAGACUGCGGUGUGAUUCCUGGCCAUGAUAUGACUGCAGAGGCUACAGUCACAAAGUUGGCAUACUUGCUGUCCAAGGGUCUUUCCCCGGGCGAGUGCCGCAAGGCUAUGCAAGACAACUUGCGCGGUGAAAUGUUCUCGCCUGCGAAGACUUUAGGGGACUCGACUCGACUCCAGAUCCGAUUUUGCCGCGAGAACAAAGAGUUCUCUCGGUGCCAGGCCGCCAGGCCCACCAGAGCCGAGCGGCCGAGGCCGAAAGAUCGCUGCGCCGAAAAGAGGGUGGUCUUAGACAUGGCCGCAGCUCCCGGUGGCAAGACUACGUACAUUGGCCAACUUAUGCGAAACACGGGCACCUUGUUUGCGAAUGAUCUGCGCCGUGAUCGAUGCAAGGCUCUUGUGGCAAAUGUGCACCGGUUGGGCUUGACAAACGUUGUGGUGACGAACUUGGAUGGCAAGAAGCUCUCGAAGAUGUUGCCGCGACUGGAUCGGGUCCUUUUGGAUGCUCCUUGCACAGGUUCCGGCAUUAUUGCCCGGGAUCCAUCUGUGAAGGUGAAGAGAGGCCAGAAGGACUUCGAAAACCACAGCCGCUUGCAAAAGGAAUUGCUCGCAGCAGCCAUCGACAUGGUGGACGCAGGCUCCAAGACCGGAGGAUACAUCGUUUAUUCCACCUGCUCAGUGUCGGUGGAGGAAAACGAGGCGGUAGUGGACCAUGCCUUGAAGACGCGGAACGUGGAACUGGUGUCCUUCACAAGCUCCGUUAGCUUUGGCGUCGAAGGUCUGACGAAGUACCGGGAACGACGGUUUCAUCCUUCGCUCAACCUAACACGCCGGUAUUAUCCCCAUGUGCACAACAUGGAUGGCUUCUUCGUCGCAAAGCUGAAGAAAACAUCAAACAAAGUGCCAGAGCGGGCAAAGAAGGAUCGCGCAAAAACAGAUGACAAAGAAUGGGGUGAGGAGCAUUGGACUCCAGCCUUCAUGGAUUCCGUGGUUGAUUUCGAGGCACGUCAUGGGAUGCCGAUGACUGUGUAUAUGUGGUUGACAUGGUACAAGCAGAUCCCUCGUGCCAUUCAAACGUAA